GGUUUGUCACUCUGUGGAACGGGCCCAAAUCGAUCCCGAGCGUUUUGUCUUUUUGCGCUUUGGCGAAUUCUGAUUUCUCAGUCGCUCCCCCCUGGCGGUCGUCGCCUUUCCGAGACCUCGUCGCGGUGCCGACCCGGCCGGCCGGGGAGCGGAGGGCGAUGUCGGGCGGUGACGUUAACGCGAUGCUGGAGAAGUGCAAGGAGCUCGAUCAGUUGCGCGAUGAGCAGGAAAAGGUGUUCCAGGAGAUAAAUAAGAUCCACAAGAAGCUGCAAACCAAUCCUGAAAUAGUUGAAAAAUCUGGAGACGUCAUUCUGGGCAGGCUUAAAAACUUGUACUGUCACGCUAAAGAUUUAUGUGAGAGUGAAGUCAGUGCUUCAACUACGUUGAUGAAUCAGAUCGAUUGUUUAAUACAAUCUGGAGUUUCAGCCGCACAAAGGAAAAAGAUUGACAUAACUAAGAAACGGAUGAAGCCAGAUUCAGAUAAUUCAAGGUUCCCUCCUGCUCCUUCUAUGAGAAGUCAACUUGAACUUGCUGCUAACCUGAAGGGUGAACAGGUUGCAGCUAGGGUCUCUGAUGAUAAUGCCGAAAAAGAUGAGUGGUUUGUUGUGAAAGUCACAAAUUUUGACAAGGAUACGAAGGAAUUUGAAGUGCUUGAUGAGGAACCUGGUGAUGACGAAGAAAGUACACAACAAAGGAAGUACAAGUUACCUGCAUCUCAUAUUAUUCCUUUUCCAAAGAAAAAUGACCCUUCUAGUGCACCAGAAUUCCAGCCAGGCAGACAUGUAUUGGCUGUCUACCCUUGCACUACUGCUUUGUACAAGGCAACUGUGGUCAAUUCUCAUCGCAAGAGAAAAACCGACGAUUAUCUUCUUGAGUUUGAUGACGACGAAGAAGAUGGAUCGUUACCUCAAAGAAGUGUUCCAUUCUACAAAGUUGUGCCACUUCCAGAUGGACAUCGGCAAUGACCGUGCCAUGUUGUAUAAUUGCAAAAUCUGAUACCAAGAAUCAGAACUUCUCUAACAGGGCCUAUCAAUAGGGCAUGUUGUACCCAAGAUUUUAAUUCUUAUUGUAGUCUUUAUGUUAAUUCUCUAA